AUGGCAUCCGGACGGUCAGCCCAGAAACCCGUCUCAUACAUGUGUUCUCUGUGUAAAAAAAGAGACAACGUAAAAUGGUUCUGUAACGACUGUCAACAAGAUUUAUGUGACCAAUGUAAGGAAUUUCAUACGCGCGGGACAAAAACUAAAAGCGAUGACGUCGUAUCCAUAGGGAAGGCUAACCGUCAGAAUGCCAAACCUUUACCAGAGGUAUGUAAAUUACAUCCCGGCAAACUAUGUGACGGGUACUGUUGUGAUUGUGAUAUGUUGGUUUGUUUGAUGUGUCUUUCUCAGACACAUAAACACCACAACUGGAAAAAUCUGGAAGACGAAGUUAUUUUGAAACAACAACAAAUAAAAGAACACAUUACGAAAAUUUCUGCGAAAAUAACACUUUUCAAGAACGAGACGUUACUACUAUAUCGUGCUAAGAAAGUGGCUGUUGACAAUAUUGACGGAACACGAACAGAAGUGAACAGUCAGAGGAUAAAACUGAAGUAUGAAGUAGAUCAAAUCGCGAAUGCGGUACUGGCAGAGGUAUCGUCCUUGGAAAAAGAACAGCUGGCCCAGUAUGAUAAGGUCUGUCAACCAUUCGAGAAAAAAAUAGGAGAGCUGACGCGUCUUCUUGAAAAAGCUGAAAUGGCAAAUACAUCAUGUGUAUCCAUGUUUGAAACGGAGAGGUUAUUGAGGUCAACUCUGCCUAUGUAUGACGUAAACGUAGAGAAUGUUUCACGACAACUCCCAAACUUUGUUGCCGGAAGUAUUGCCCGCCAUUUGUUGAAGGAAAUGUUUGGAGUAUUAAUCCGUUCGAACCAGUACGAGAAGAUAGACAUCGACAGUAACCACAUUCAACGCCUCUCAAAGUUCACUGUUAAUCAACAAACAGAUAUAUACGAUAUAUGUCCAGUGGACGACAGACAUGCGUGGUUAUCAAUUUACAAACACAAAGGUCUAGUACUGGUCAACAGGGACAGCUUGAUAGCAGCGGAAGUUACAUUGGACUUCUGCCCGCGCGGUAUCGCCAUGGUAGGGACGACUGAUGUGCUUAUUACCCAGGACCCUUGUAGAACAUCUAUAUAUAAAGUAUCUCUACAAAACAAAAAGUUGACAACAUUCGCCAACAUCAGUCCACAUCACGCACGGGAUAUCAGCAUCAACAAGACAGGCGAAGUGUUUGUCACCACCGGGACCCCAGACAUAGUGGUACUGAAUCAGUCAGGUACGACUGCUAGGAAGUUUUCCUGUGGGUUGGAUAAAUCACUAUACAUUUCAUGUUUGUCAUCAGGACAUCUUGGAGUGAUGGGAGAUGGACAUGCGGGUAGACACAUCAUCCUUAUAGACGAGUCAGGUACGGCCAUACAUAGAUGGACUGGUGAAUUGGACAAUGGUCAAAAAGCUCGUGAUAUGUUCCUAUGUAACAUUACAUGUGAUAAAUACAACAGAUUGUUUAUACCAGACCUCUAUAACAAUCAGGUGUAUGUCCUAUCAAGUGGAAAGAAACAGGCCAGGUGUAUUCUUGACCAGAAAUACGGAAUUGACAAUCCUUUAGUGGUGAGUGUGAACACGUGUGGGAACGUGUGGAUCGGUUGUCGUGACGGUACUGUACACGUCAUGCGACUUUAA